GUCGAGCCAUAGGCGCACGCACGUGGCCCUAAUUAACGCCAAUUAGCUACUCCCUUCAUCACCCCGAAGAGAAAAGCUGGUAACGCCAUCCCAGAGUGAAAAGCAACAAAGCAGUAAUGUUUUCAUGUCUUAAUGCACUGCCAGCUCCCCUGCAGCUGUGCUUCGGAAUGUGCCUUCGCCAGGAUGUUGCAGAGGAGCGUAAAAAGGCAAAACUCCAAAGCUCUCAAAUGGAGCGGGACCUUAAUGAACAUGCCAGCAUUGAGAAUAACGUGGUCAAAAUUCUUAUGCUCGGAGCUCCAGAGACUGGAAAGAGCACCAUCAUCAAACAAAUAAAGAUCAUCCAUAAUCAUGGCUUCUCCAAAGAAGAGCUUAUUAUUUUCAAGCCUGCAGUACUGGACAACCUCCUGACCUCUAUGAAGACUGUUCUUCAAGGCAUGGGGAUGCUGCGGAUAAACCUUGCUAACAAGCAGAAUAAGGAGCAUGCUCGCUCCAUCCUGUCCUGCAGCCAGUGUUUAGGAGACGAUCAGGAGCUCCUUCCUUUCAUGGCUCAUGCUUUCUGCGCGCUUUGGGCUGACCAAGGGGUCCGAGCAGCUGCAGCCCGAGGUUAUGAGUUUGAGCUGAAUGACUCUGCUCUUUACUUCUUUGAGAAUAUGAGUCGAAUUAUUGCACCAAACUACAUUCCCACAGAUACCGAUGUUCUGAGAGUCAGAGUGAGGACCCGAGGAAUCAUCGAGACAGAGUUUCAAGUUAAUAAAACUGUCUUUCGGCUGUAUGAUGUCAGAGGCCAGCAAAGUGUGAGGAGGAAGUGGCUGCGCUGCUUUGAAGGUGUUCAAGGUGUGGUGUUUGUUGUGGCCCUCAACAGCUACGAUAAGACGUUGCCGGAGGAUCCUUCAGUGAAUCAGCUGUUGGGAAGUCUUGAACUCUUUUCAUCAGUCUGUGCCAACACAGUUUUCCAGGGAACUACAAUGAUUCUGUUCAUGAACAAAGCUGACCUUUUCCGAGAGAAGAUCCUAAAAUCUGGGAGACAUUUGAGACUUUACCAGUCCAGUUAUAAAGGAGCUGAUGGUGAUGUGGAUGCUGCAGCCCACCACAUCACUGCAAUCUUCUCAGCAUGCAACAGCAGUCCUGGCAACCCUGUGUACCACCACUUCACCACUGCCAUAGACACAGCCAGCAUACAGGUGGCCUUUCAUGUGGUCGUUGAUCAGGUUAUGAGGGAGAACCUAGCAGGUGUUCAGCUGGUUUAAGUCUUCCGGAGACUUGGAUUUUUAGUCAUUCAUU